AUGGAUGAGGCCGACGAGCAAGCCGCGUGGGAGCGCGAGAUGGAGAUGAUGCUGGACCAGCGCGAUAGCCGCAGCCGCAGCCGCUCCUUCUGCGGCGAGGCCCCGCGCGAGGACCAGGCAGACGGCGCCGGCUACUAUGGGCGGUCGCGGUCGCACUCGCGGGCCCGCGAGAUGCCCGAGCUCGUCGAUGAGUCGAGCGACCAUGUGCUCUCGCCGCCCCUGGACGCUGUCGACGACAGCUACUCGGGCACGGACGUCUCCCGGCAGGCUGCCGCGCUCACCAAGAUCUACCUCGCCGGCUCGGCGCCCGUCGACGUCGACUCGAUCACGUUCAACGACGGGUCGGGCUCCCGCGCAGCGCAGCACCCUGCCGAGACGGGCGCCUUGAGUGCCAAGGCGCUCGAUAUUCUGAAGAGCAUGACCGAGGAAGAGCUCGAAGAGAAGAAGAUGGCGGAAGAAGAGGCCAUCAAGCUGCAGCAGGAACGGCAACCAAUGACGCCAGCGCCCGAGCUUGUCGUUGAAGAAGCGGUCGCGCCUGCGAAGGCCAAGUCGUCGCUCCUCUCGGGAUUCAAGUCCAAGGUCCUGACCAAGUUUGGCCCGAAGGGCGGUGGCGGCGGCUCGAACCGCACCUCGAUCACAAAGGCGACCACGGGGCGCAGCUCGCUUGGUCGCGCGCCGUCUUCGCUCUCGGCGUCGGCCACGGACGACGAGGCCAAGACGGUCGUCAAGAAGCCCCACAAGAUCAAGCUUCUGCUGCUCGGCGACAGCGGCGUCGGCAAGACGAGUCUCAUGCGCGUCUUCUCUGGCGACGAGUUUUCCGAGUCGAUGCUGGCCACUGCAGGCGUCGAUUUCAAGCUGCGGCAGCUGCGCCUCGAAGACGAGCACGACGUGGCGCUGCAGAUUUGGGACACGGCUGGCCAGGAGCGCUUCCACCGCAUCACCUCCACGUACUACAAGGGCGCGAAUGGCAUCAUCCUCGUCUACGAUGUUAGCGACAAGCGCGGCUUUGACAAUGUGGGCUAUUGGAUGAAGAACAUCCAGCAAUACUCGACGCCCAACAUGCCGGCGAUGCUGCUUGUCGGCAACAAGAUUGAUUUGCCGACGCGCAUCGUGCCUUCCGAAGACGGGCAAGCGGCGGCGUCGCAGUACAACUGCCGGUUCAUCGAGACGAGUGCCAAGACAUCGGAGAACACGUCGGACGCGCUUGAAACCAUCGCCCGGGACGCGCUCAUCAUGACCCUCAACCCUUCCAUGACGCAACGCGAGCUCCUCGAGCGCGAGCGACGCGGAAAGCUCACGCACGACAACUGCACGAUCAGUUGA